UAUCUUCAGACUGUUUCAAGAUAAUGAAGUUGGUCACUUGUAGCUUUCAGCUUGCAGCUCAUAAUUAUACAUAGUCAAUCCAUGUACAUAUUAUGUCUUUUGCAUACAUAGCUGCGUAUAGAAAAUUCACAAUAUAGUUUUGGACAUUUAACGUGUAAAUUUAGAAAAGUUAAUCAACAAUGACUGACGAUUCCAAUGGAGAAUCCACAUUCGAAUUUGUCGAAAGAAGAACAGAUGAAUCGUCUACAUCUGGAGAAAUCGUAAAAACAGAUUCUUUUAGCAGUUUGUCUUCAUCAACAUCUUUAUUAAUGCCAUUAGGUGUAUCAACAUCUACAGGGAAUUUGUUAUCAAAUGUACCACCACCUAGUGCAUUGCCUAUUUUUAUUUCAAACCCUGGAACAAUGUUAUCAGAAAGGCCUAAUAAUUUAGAAUCAUCUUCACAAAAGAAACUUCAUGAACAGGAACCUAAUAAAUCAAUGUUAAAUACUGUUAUUCAAUCUAAACCAUUACAGCAAGAAACACAUCAAGUAAUUACAACUCCUAUUGUUACUCCGUCCAUACAAAAUGUACAAACUACAGUGCCAUCAGAAAAUAUAGUCCAAGAUUCAGGAAUGGUUGGAGGUGGUCUACUGUCAUGGGUUAAAGAAACAGUAGUAAAUAGUAAUGUAUUAAGCAAAGUUGCAGAAAAAGCAAAGAACAGUGUUAAUACUAUGAUCACAACAUUAGAUCCUCAGAUGCGUGAGUUCAUUUAUUCUGGUGGUGAUAUGGAGAUUGUAGUUGCAUCAGACAAAGAUGUUAAAAUAAGUUCUGUUCGUCAGGCUUUCCAAACAGUUUUUGGGAAGGCAACAGUAACUGGUAUAUCAGUGGAAAGUUCAGCUGUGGCUGCUCAACCAGUUGGUUUUGCUGCGGGUGUGAAAGGAGCAGAAGAAAGAAUUAAUUCUGCUCGAAAUAUUCCGACUCUUCCAAAAGAUAUACCUAUAAUUGCAGUAGAAAAUUUUCUGUUAGAAGUUGGUGAAGAUAAAUGGUAUGAUUUAGGGGUGAUACUUCUUAAUGAUCCGAAACGUAAUGUGAAUUUGCAAACGUUCACUCAAAUGACUCCAGUGCCAAGUCAAAUAGUAACAAUGGCACAAGAAGCCACACCUGAAGAUUAUCCUCUUAAAUGGUCUGGAUUAUCAGUUACUGUUGGUAGUUUAAUGGCAAACAGUUUACAGGUUUCUCACAAUGAAUGGCAUCAUGCACUUACAGGAAUUUCCAGAAGAGACAUUAUACUUUUAGCAGCUCAAUCACUAGCUGGCAUCUACAAAAACACAAUUAAUCCCAUCUAAAUUUUUAUGAAAAAUAUAUCAAUGCAAUUUAUCAAUGAAUUGCGUUUUUGUAAAUGCAACUAUAAUAAUUUAUAGAGUAACUUGAAUCAAUUAUCAAAAUUUAUUUCUUAGACUCUUAUUUUUUACGAGUAGCUAACAUUACAUCACAUUGUUGAAACAAAGAUCCAAUUCAAUUAACGUGAUAUACUUAUUAAAUUAGUAUUUAUAAAUUAAGGAAAUGUAUUUUAAUUAUAUGUGGUAAUAUGUACAAAAAAUUAAUGGAAUGAAGUCGAAAUAUAUCAAAAAAUAGGUUUGGUAUGUUGAAUGUGAUUAUUUCAUCACAUAUGAAUUAUUAAUAUUAGAUGUAUUGACACUAUAGUAUAUUUUAUUAAAAUAAAAUCAUAAUUUAUACAUAAUUUGAACAUAACGUUUUUUUUACUUGUCUUAAUUCUAUCAGAUUUUGGAAUGGUUGGGUAUUUUUAACAAAGAUAAUAAAAACACUUCCUCUCGUAAUUUCAUUUUUAAUUUCUUGAUGCAUUUCGUUUCAAUGAAUACAUUGCUGUUGUAGAUUUUUUGUUAUCAAUAACUUCGAAAUUCGUCCAAUCGUUUGAAAAUAUCAACAAAAAAAUUAAAACUAAUUGUGGUAAAAAAGCAAUGUAAAAAAUUACAAUCUUUUGUUUUCAUUUGUUAUAUGAAACUGGCAAUAAGUUACCACCACAAUAAAAAUAACAAUUGAAUUCUUAUCUGAUGCUGAUAUGCUAAAAACAGAAAGCCACUGGGAUCUUGAUAACGUGUGGCAUGCUUAAUUAAAUAAAUGUAUAAAAUAUUUCUCCUUGCGCCAACAUGCGUACUUUCCAUUAUAAUUACAAUUUAUUGUUUUUUUUUCAUAUUUAUAAUCAUGUAUUUCUCAUGUUU